AUGUCAGUUGAAGUCGGUAAUAUCUACAUAUCUAUCCUAUUGUUUUUAUUUAUCAGCUGUAUAAGUUUACGAAUUAAUUUAUUUUUAGGUUUUAAAUUUAUUUUUUAUUCUAAAGCAUAAGAUAUUAAGCCUCAUUAAUAACUAAAACUAUCGUUGUUUAAAUUUAUUUAAGUAAAGUGGCUUGCGGCGUUUGAAGGCAUGUUUAAUAUUUUUCUUAGAUUGCUAUUAUACUCGUAUGCUUUCGUAAAUAUUUACACGUUUGCUGAAGAAUAUUCAAAAACCGAAAAUAAUGGACAAGAAGUGUUAUUAUGCCGCAAGUGUGGAGCUGACGUUGCAGAUUCUUAUUAUUUGUUUAGCAAAUUAAGUCCAGGAUCACGUAAGAUUGAAAAGCAAAAUUUGUUCGGCAAACAAAAUGUUACCAUACAAACCUUGGUCAACCCAUUUGGAGUAAAGUUCGAAAUAAUUACCACAGAGAAAGCAAGAUGUGAUAAUAUUGGGCCUCGUCAAGGUGCAGAUUCUUGGUUUCCAGGCUACGCCUGGCGGAUAUGUGCAUGUCCACACUGUGGGCAGCAUCUUGGUUGGACAUUUGACAGUUCUAAAAGUCCUGAUACCAGUACUGAGAAAUCACAAAAUAUACAAACAUUUCAUGGAUUAAUACUGAGUAAUGUUCUUGGAGAAAAUUUUACAGAUUCAUUGAUAAUGAUGCCGAAAAUGUACAAAAUGUGAAACAUUGUAAAAUAUUAUUUUGUAAAGAGAAAUUUCUAUUUAAAUAAAAUUCACUUGUUAUAAA